AUGACAGAAACUGUUAUACAUCAGAAUCCAACAGUUGUUACGGUUGCUUCGUCAGCACCAUGGAAAGUUGAUGCCCAAUCGAUAGUUUCCGAAACCUUGUCAACUUCCCUGGAAAGGAGGCAUACAUCAAUCAGUGACUUCCCUGAUAGUGUGUCAGCUAGCUUGUUUCAAAACGAAGCACGACGAAUGUUGUUGAAUCAAAACUUAUCAUCCUCCAUAACUCAUGCUGAAAGGACAAAUCCUUUUGAAACUAGUGACAAUACUAAAGAAGAAUUUGCUAGUUCUUCGGAUGAUUAUUUAUCGGAUAGAGCUGAAGUUGUAUUUAGUGAGGACACUGCUCCGUCACAAGGAAAAUCUCCUGGCAUCAAAUGGAAAACUCUGAAUAAUUCAGAUGAGGAAACAAGCGAUGGUUCUGAUGAAGUUGAUGGCGAUACGGACGAAGAGGAUAAUAACGAUAAAGCUGGAAUGUCGGAUACGGAAACGAAAAACCUUCUAGAGGAUGCGAUUGAAGAUGAGGAAGAGUCAGAUUUAGAAGAUAGUAAAACACUUAGUAGUGACUUAGGCCGAACGUCGAAACCGAUUCAGGAUAAAACUUCCUCGGAAUCGUUAGCAGAUUCAUUAUAUGGGAUGUCUGAAGAACAAAAGGCUUAUUAUACAAAAUGUUUUAAUUACCUAAUGAAAAAAACGGCUGGGUACAUUGAUCUAAACGGUGCUAUUUGUGGUGCAAACGAAUAUGUUGUUGAGUUUUUUAAGCGAAGUGGUUUAAAUCGUGAAAAACUGUCCAAAAUUUGGAGUUUAAGUGAUGUGAACGAAGAUGGAUAUUUGGAUUUGAAUGAAUUUUCAGCUGCAAUGCAUCUUAUUGUCUUACACAUCAAGGGUCACAUUCCGAUUCCAGAUGUUAUUCCAUUUGAAAUUAGUCCCCCUGUUAUGCCACGUCGAGAUAUCUUACAACCGGCUGCUAAUGAUGGUAAUAGCAGACAAGAGGCAGAGACACAAUCAGCCAAUAGCAUGCAGGAUUGGAAACAAUUCGAUUAUGAUGAUGUUGUAAUACCUGGACACUAUUCGCAACAGCAUCACUCCUUCAGUGAUGAGCAUCUUCAUGUUCAACCAGAAAAUCAUAAUUCUCCAGAAAGAUUGAGUACCUUCUCAGAUGUGCCACCACUUCUUGUCGAUAUACGUCCGACAGCACUAAAAGCCACUCAACCUCUAAUUUGUGCGAUUACGGCCAAAACUGAAUCUCCUUCUAAUAUGCAGUUUAAUGAAGCUGCAAAUUUUGCAUUAAGCUCGCAGGCACCUAAAGGACCUCCACCGAAACCACCCCCAAGACCUGCAAAUAAGGGACAUGGACGCAGUGCCAGCCUGGACUUGAAUAAUUUUCAAAAUUCUGCUGUAACAACAUCUAGAUUAAAACUGAACCUAGCAACGGAAACAUCACAGCGUGGCGCAACUCUUCCUGCUCAGGGAUCAUUGCGUCAUCCAUGCAGUUCUGUGCCUUCUGAUACCAUGCGCUUUUCAACAGCAACAGAAUGGCAGGAUCUCAGCUCUUCACUUCGGUGUCCUCCUGCUCCGCCGUUGCCACCACGAUCAACAUUUGUUGAUGUUAGCGUACAAACAGAAGAUAUUUUGCCAUCGCGAAGCUUUAAUGAUGGACGCGAACUAAUCGAACUCAAUAUUGAUAUGGAAAAACGUAUCGAAGAAUUAUUGGCAGAGGAAAGUAAUGCAAGUGCAAGUGGUGGUUAUAAUACUAGCACAUGUGGUGGCACGAAAGCAGAUACUGCAGCAUCGACCGGGCAAGUGAAUUGGCAAGUUCGGUGUGAUCACUUGCGUUUAUUAAACAAUCAUUUGGAAGCAGAACG